AUGUCUACUAACCUAACGUCUCAAAAUGUUUCAUGUCUCAAAAACCUUGCUUUAAAUAUUCUUAAGAAUGGCACCUCAGAGGUCAUUGCAAAAGGUAUUGAAGUUCCAGAACUAGAUCCAUGCUCAAAGUGUAAAGAAGAGCUUUUUUUGUACGAACUUAAAAAACCAUUUAUCAUACUCAUCUGUGAACAUAUAUUCCACUGUAGUUAUCUUGAGAAUUAUGUAAAAGAUCUUUCACAAUGCUCUGAAUGUGCAAUAAAAAUUGAAUCUAUUGAUUAUACGCAUUAUUCUGAUACUUUGGAACCUAGCUCACAGGAUUGGGCACAGAAUACCUCAAACCCAAUGCAAAUUUUACCACAAAUGGCACAAAUGAUAUCUAGUCAAAGUGGGGAUACAGUAACCUCAGAUACAACUCAUAGUUUAAAUCUCCACUUAUCAGAUUUCUUUAUUUCAGACUAUAUAAAACAGAGUCAAAAAAGACUUACCAAAGAUACUACUAAAAAUAAAUCAUCCAAUAAAAAAUCAAAGCGGAAUAAGGAAAAAGAUAAAAUAACUUCUUACCAAGUCAUAGCUACUGAAGCUGACCCACAACCUAUUGAUUUUCUAAAUUUAUAUACUAAAAUUAUCUUUGCUGAAAGUAAAAAUCAAAAACAAAGUCAGAAAGUAAUUAUUCAAUACUAUAACUUCGGGAUAGCUAUAGCAAAACACUUCAAGUUUCAUUAUGAAAAAUCUUAUAAUGUAAAUGAUGCUAAUAGUGAAGUAAAUAAAGAAAUUGAAAAACAACUUUCUGAUGGUACUCCUGAAACUACUAUCCAGAAAAGAAAAGAAAGAGCCCAAAAAAUCUUUCAUCUCUUUAGUAAGAUAGGAAUAGAUAAAAUAGUGUGGGUAAAUUCUUUUUCUGCAUUGAUAAUUUCUAAAUUAACUGUAAAUCAAAUUAAUCAUAUAAUAUCUCAAAUUCUGGAUAAAACCCCAACAGAAUCAUUCGUAUAA